AUGAAGCGCAAGACAGAGGAAAGAGGCUCAUUGGAUGGCCAUGUUCAGCCUGAGUCCAAAAAGCGGGCUCUUUCCAGCGAAGAAGCUGCUGCCCGCUUCCGCGACGGUCUGUUCGACACCGCGGAGCAGCAGAAGUAUACCAAUGAAUACGCGAAAUCUUCUCCCUACCUCCAUGGUGUCAUUCAUUCUUUGAUCGAGUCCAACCUCCUGCGUUCUGUCCGCGACGAGAUCCAAACCCAGGUCGACUUCACCGAGAAGGAAACCGACAUCUACAAGAUCUUCCAGUCUGGUGAUCUCGCCAACCUCGAUGGAUUAGAUGAUUCCUCCCUCUCCAAGCUGCCAUCGGUUCUCAAGCUUCGCGACGCUAUGUACUCAGCCCGGUUCCGCGAGUACUUGUCUUCCGUUACCGGUUCAGGCAAGCUGAGUGGGCAGAAAACCGACAUGGCUAUCAACGUCUACACUGAGGGUUGCCACCUUUUGUGCCACGACGAUGUCAUUGGCAGCCGUCGUCUCAGCUACAUCCUCUACUUGACUGACCCCGAUACUCCCUGGCAGGCCGAGUGGGGUGGUGCGCUCCGCCUGUUCCCCACUACGACCGAGAAGGACGCCAAGGGCGAGGAUGUUAAGAUUCCUAGCCCAGAUUACAGCCUGUCUAUUCCACCCGCCUUCAACCAGCUGAGCUUCUUUACUGUCCAGCCGGGCGAGAGCUUCCACGAUGUCGAGGAGGUGUACCACCCCCGUGACGGCGAGGACAAGUCCAAGAAGCGUGUGCGCAUGGCCAUCAGUGGAUGGUUCCACAUUCCUCAAGAAGGAGAGGACGGAUACGAGGAAGGACUGGAGGAGAAGCUCGCCGAGCGCAGCAGUCUCGCUCAGUUGCAAGGACGCGGCGACAUCUACGACCUGCCUCGGCCGCAACCAGUCUCCUGGGAAGAGCCCGAAGUCGAAGGCAAGGGAAAAGGAAAGGUGGAAGAACAAACCGAAAGCUCAGAGUUCACCGAAUCUGACCUCGGUUUCCUGGUGCAGUACAUUGCGCCGACCUACCUGACCCCGGACAUCGCCGAGGAAAUGUCCGACGCCUUCUCCAGCGAGUCCUCACUCAGUCUAGAGCGCUUCCUAAAUGAUAAAUUUGCGUCGCGCAUGAGCGCAUACAUCGAGGACCAGGAGAGACAGAAGCUGCCCGCUUCAUCGGAUGAGAUCCAGGCCCAGCGCGGGUGGACUGUCGCUCGCCCGCCACACAAGCACCGCUACCUGUACCAGCAUCCCUCGGGCCAAGAGGAAUCCGAUAACCCCAUCCAGGAGUUGAUGAACGUCUUGUUUCCGUCGCAGGCGUUCCGCAAGUGGCUCGCUCUUAUCACUGGUGUGGACCACCUGACCAGCCACAACCUCCUUGCUCGUCGCUUCCGCCGCGGCGCCGACUACACACUUGCCAGUGCAUACGAAGGCGAAGAGCCCCGCUUGGAGUUCUCACUUUGCCUCACCCCAAGCAAGGGAUGGGAGAAGGAGACCGAGGAGGAAGAGGAGGAGGAGGACGGUGAAGCCCAGGAAUCCGCCAAGGCAUCCAAGUCUAAGGAGACCAACGGCAACGCUGAAGGUCCUGCCGUCGGUGGCUAUGAGAUCUACAUGGCUGGUGAUGAGGAAGAGGACGAAGAGGAAGACCCUGAGAACGCAGAUCAAGUCCUCGGACAUAAGAAGACGAAGGCUGACCCGGCUAUCUACCGGUCGGCUGGUGCCGAUGAGGAUGAUGGUAUUCUGUUCAGCACCCAGGCUGGAUGGAACCGUCUGAGCAUAGUGCUGCGGGAUAGUGGCACUCUCAAGUUCGUCAAGUAUGUUAGUGCGGCAGCCAAGGGCGAUCGGUGGGAUAUCACUGGCGAGAUUGGAGUUGAAUUUGAGGAAGAUGAUGAAGAUGAGCAUGAAGAGGGAGACGAGUAA